UCAGCGUGCCAUCCGGUUGGGGAGUGGAGCUCCGAAAACAAGCUUCUCGGCAACAAAUGCGAAGUUGAAUCAAUGCAAAGACGCACGCGACUUCAGUGGAUGCAAAAAGAACGAAGCCGUGAAUACAUGAAACCGGAAGCGACCCAACUCCGAUAAGGCAGCCAUUCGUCCUGUGGCCAUGAAUAAACAACAAAAUAAGGCAUCUCUGAAGGACAAGGUGAAGGGGAUCUUUGGAAUCGCUUCUCCCCAGACACCGAUCAGACCGUGCGACCCCAAGCUGCCAGAGUUCAUUAUAACUACUGAAAUUAUUAAGGAUCUCCACCCAGAUAACGGCCUGAACAACCGGAUGCGAGUCAUCAGCCAAAUUUGCGAUCUUGCAAAAAUGAAAAAAUUUGAGGAGAAUGCCGUGGAGGCUGUGUGGAAAGCUGUGGAGGACAUGCUAACUCCAGAGCAGCCGCCAGAAGCUAGACACGCUGUCCUGCAGCUCCUUAGGGCCAUUAUACAGGGACAGGGUGAGUGGCUCGGGCCUUUGAGGGCUUACUUUUUCAAGGUGAUCGGAGACUACCAACCAUGCAACGAGGACCUUUCAGAAAGACUGGAAGUGUUCAAGGCUUUAACUGAAAACGGGAAGGACAUCACGUACCUGGAGGAGGACAUAGCACGUUUUGUUCUCCUGUGGAUGGACAUUGGUCUUACCUCUGACUUCCUCCAUGUUCUUGUGAAUCUGGUAAAGUUCAACAGCUGCUACCUGGAUCAAAACGUGUCCAUCAUGGUCCAGAAAAUCUGUCUGCUGUGCAACAGAACAACAUCGUCUACAGACAUAGAGGUGGCUCUUCAGGUCUUGGAUGCUGUUGUGUGCUACAACUGCCUUCCCUCAGAGUCCCUCACAAUUUUUAUUAUAACACUCUGCCGUACGGUUAACGUAAAGGAGUUUUGUGAAUCCUGCUGGAAGUUGAUGAGGAAGGUUUUGGGAACUCAUCUCGGCCACAGUGCUAUUUACACCAUGUGCCGCAUCAUGGAGGAGAGAAUGUACAUGGAGGAUGCCCCACUGCUGAGAGGAGCGGUAUUCUUCGUUGGAAUGGCACUGUGGGGUGCACACAGACUCCCUGCCCUGAAAAACACACCAACGCUUGUUCUGCCGUCUUUCUAUAAGGCUAUGUCGUGUGCCAACGAGGUAGUGUCCUAUGAAAUCGUCCUCUCCAUCACCAGACUGAUUAAGAAGUACGGCAAAGAGCUGCAGGUGGUCACAUGGGACAUCCUGCUGGGCAUCAUAGAGCAACUGCUGCAGCAGAUCCAGACGAUAGGCAGCGCAGAGCUGAAGGCCAUUGUCUAUGAACUCUUGACUACGGUUGAAGAGCUGUACGAGCAGAACGGUUACCACGGCUCCACAGAGAAGUUCUUCAGUUUGGUGGAAAAAUGUGCCGACAAGAGACCUGAUGCAUCCGUGCUGACCCUCAUCUCAUACCGAGCGCAGUCGAUCCAGCCGGCCAAGGACGGCUGGAUCCAGAGCCUUCACCGCCUCAUGGAGAAAUUCUUUAAGAACGAGACUCGCAGCGUGAUACGGAUCAAAGUGCUUCAUAUCCUGUCCUUCGUUCUCAGCACCAACCGACAGCUUUAUGAGGAUGAGCUGAUUGAAAUGGUUGUGAUCCCUCAGCUCAGUGGGAUAGCUGAAGACCGGGAUCUGGCUGUCAGAAAACAGGCCACCCAGCUUCUGGUGGACCUCGCUGAGGGUUGUAACACUCCUCACUUCACCAGCCUCCUGGACAUCAUUGAGCGAGUGGCCAGUCGUUCUCUGGUUUGUUCAGGGGCCCUGGAGGUUUCUGAGAGAGACCUCACAGCUGAGUCUCCUAUGGAGGAUGUCAAGACUGCUGUACUGGGUCUGCUGGAAAUCCUGCAGAGCAAACUUUACAGCCUCCCAGCCAGCCAUGCAAGUCGCGUCUAUGAGCUGCUUAUCAGCCACCUGCAGCUCCACUACAAGAACAAAUACUGUUCAACCAUCGCUUCUGCCAUUAGACUACAGGUGUUUGACUUCUUCCUGAUGAUGCGUGCCGACUCGCUGCACCGCAUCGGCGUUCCCAACAAGAACGGAGUGAUGCGAUUCAGUCCGUACUGCUACUGUGACACGGGGGAACCAGAGAAGCGCGUUUGUGAAAAGAAGCCGACAGGUUCGACAUCUCCUCCUGCUGGUAGUCCUGCUCCUCCUGCUGCUCCUCCAGCUUCAACAGCCUCCAUACGCUCCGCUUACCUCCCCUAUGCUCCUGCCUUCAGCGUCCUGCUGCAGUGCCUCAAAAUGGAGACAGAUUGGAAGGUGCUGAAACUUGUUCUCGACAAGCUGCCUUGGAUGCUGCAGUUCAAAGUCCUGCUGCUCACGUCUCCGUGCAGUUUGGACCAGCUCUGUUCCACUCUGUGUCUUAUGGUGACGGAUCGUUUGAUCUCUGAGCGCUUGAAAAAGACCCCAGAGGGCUUUUCCCGCACAGAUGUUCAGCUGGCUGUAGUUCCUGUUCUGACAGCCAUAACAUCUUACCACAACUACUUGGAGCAAUCAAGACAGAGAGAACUGGUUCAGUGCCUUGAGACUGGCCUCAUUUAUCGAUGUGCCAAACAGUGUGUGGUGGCUCUUACAAUGUGCACGGUGGAGAUGCCUGAUAUCAUGAUCAAGCUCCUCCCUGCGCUCAUCGUCAAGCUUACCCACAUCUCUGCCACCGUUGCCAUGGCAUCUCCCAUGCUUGAAUUCCUCUCUACUCUGGUGCGUUUGCCCCAUCUGUACGCCAACUUUGUAGCUGAGCAGUAUGUUAGUGUGUUUGCCAUCUCGCUGCCCUACACCAACCCCUCCAAGUUCAACCAGUACAUUGUGUCUCUGGCCCACCAUGUGAUCGCCAUGUGGUUCAUACGCUGCAGACUUCCCUUCCGCAAGGACUUUGUUCAGUACAUCACAAAGGGUUUGCGGUCCAACGCCCUGCUGCCCUUCGACGACGGCCACGAGCAGAGUCCAUUUCGUGCUCGCAGUACGAGCCUCAAUGAGAGGCCCAAAAGUCUGCGAGCUGUGAAAGUGUCAAAGGCAGCUCCUGUAGCCAAUAGCAGCAGCUCUCCAGUUAAAGAGCUGAGGGACCUGUCAGCCAUGGAUGCUUUCCGCUCCCGCAGCAUCAGCGUCUCCGAACAUGCGGUUCGCAGGAUGCACACGUCAACCACAACCUGCAGUUUGGGCUCUGCCGAUGAAAAUGCUGUAACUCAGGCAGAUGAGGGGCUCAAGACUGUCCACCUGGAGCUCACUGAGACCUGUCUAGAUAUGAUGGCACGAUACGUGUUCUCCAACUUCUCUGCACUGCCCAAGAGGUCUCCCAUUGCAGAGUUUCUCUUAGCCGGAGGUCGCAGUAUGACCUGGUUGGUUGGCAACAAGCUGGUGACCAUAACAACCAGUGGAGGCGUAAGAACACAAGCAUUGCUCGGGCUGGACAUGUCUGAACGUCUGGGAGGAGGCGGGGAAAUGACCAGGUCAGAUCCGUCACUACACACACGAAUCACCAAAGAGGCUCCAGCCACUCUGGAGUCACAGUCCAGUCAGCAACACAACAGAUCGACUCGGAUACGGGUCCGCUCAAUGUCAGGGGGUCACGCUCUACGUGGUGGUCCUACCCAGAGUCUUAGUCCUCUGGUCUCCCCCUCAGAGGGUGAGCUAGCUCCUCCUCUUUCUCCCUCCUCGGGCCCUGGUCUGAAUAGUGUCGGUCCUCCCUCGUCCACCUCCACCGCCCCAUCUGCUCCUCCUCCUCUCAAAGAUAACCCCAGCCUGGCUGAGUUUGUCCCCAUGCUCACUCAGGGUUGGGCAGAAAUCUUCAUACGGAGACCUUCAGGUAACACCAGCUGGCUGAUGUGUUUGGAGAACCCGCCCAGUCCCUUUUCCUCCGAGCUCGGCAACAUGCCGCUGCAGGAGCUGUCCAGCGUCCUGAUGGCGAUGGAGGGAGUAAAGGAGCCUCCUGCUGAGACUUCCAGCGCUCCAGCCAGCACCGCCGCCCCGGCACCCACAUCCGUCUCUGAACCCUUAAACCAAACGCAGAGCAGCGUUGGAGGGAAGUCGAACCUGAUUCAGCGCUCCAACACCGACUCUGUGGUGAUGCUGGAAGAGGGGUCAGGGGUCACCACACCUCACACCCCACUGGAGUGGGUGGAGGGGGAAGAGUUUGAGCCCAUGCCCUCUGAGCCCAUAUUCAUGGCUCCUGACAAGACGCCUCCUCCUGGAACACUCAGCAGGUCAUCCUCCACCUCCAGUCAAGACGAUGAAAAGUCGACUCUGGAGGAGGUGAGUGAAGGAGCGAUUCCCAUUGAUCAGCCCACUCCAGGUCCCUCCACCCCCGGCAGCCAGGGGCCUGAACUUCCAUUUCAGAGCCACUCUCAGUCCCAGGGUCACGGACUCAACAAGUCCAGCUCCUCUCCAGAGCUCCAGACGCUGCCUGAGGCCUUCGCCAAAGCUAAUCUGGAGUCUGAGAGCGUGCAGGGAGACUCCUCUCGGCCCAGAGCGCCCUCGGAUGGCAAACCUCCGGCGCAGCAGCUUCAGUUUGAAAAGGACAAAGUGAAAGGGAGCACAGGAGUGGACGUGAAUGGUUUGGGACGUCAGAACCAAGCAGGAGACGGAUCCGGUCCAACACCUCAAAGCGGAGGGUUGAGGCUGUCUUUUCCAGCAGCACCGACACAUUCUGGACCCAUCUCUCCCAGCGGAGGCCACCGACCCCGAGGUCACACCAUUUCUGUUUCAGCACCGUCCUCCAGGAGAGAACGGAGGACGGAGAGGGACUCGUAUCACAAUCGACCUGGACCAAGCAACACAGAGAAAAUGUCUGGACUGAGCCCCAGUUUUGUGUUCCUCCAGCUGUACCACUCUCCUUUCUUUGGGAAUGAGGCCAACAAACCGUUGCUGCUGCCUAAAACUCAGGUGAUCGACCGAGCUGUGAAGGUUUUGGACCAGAUGCCUCCUUAUGACACCCAUAAGAUUGGAGUUGUGUUUGUUGGUGCGGGUCAGGUGAGCAACGAGGUCGCCAUCCUGUCCAACGAAUACGGCUCGAACCGCUACGCCGCCUUUCUGACGGGCCUGGGAAAGUUAAUCCACCUGAAGGACUGUGACCCUGACCAGAUCUUUCUUGGAGGGCUCGACCAGUAUGGAGAUGAUGGGGAGUUCACCUACUGCUGGCACGACGACAUCAUGCAGGCCAUCUUCCACAUAGCUACACUGAUGCCAAACAGAGAGAGCGACAAAGGCUGCUGCAACAAAAAGCGACACAUUGGCAACGAUUUUGUCAUGGUGGUAUAUAAUGACUCAGGAGAGGAGUACAAACUGGGCACGAUAAAGGGUCAGUUUAAUUUUGUAGAAGUCGUUAUUAAACCACUGGACUAUGAAUGUAACCUCGUUUCUCUUCAGUGCCGCAAAGAUCUCGAGGGUUUGGUCGACACAACGGUGGCAAAAAUAGUUUCAGAUCGCAACCUUCCACUUUUAGUUCGACAGAUGGCCCUGCAUGCAAACAUGGCCUCUUUGGUGCACCAGUACAGAGCUAAUCCCUCCGAUGCGUAUGCUUCCAAGUGGCUCGCAAGAUUACGACACAUAAAGAGGAUCAGAACCAGAGCUCAAGAAGACAUCCAGUCCCGCUUGGCUCCUGGAAUCUCUUUGACCCAAGGACACCCUCAGCAGAGCAAGUCGUUUCAGCAAAACGCAGCAGCAGCAAAUCCCGAGGCCUCCGGGCAGAGGAAGAGACUCGUCUCAACAGUGGAUGAUUUCACUGAUUUUGUUUGAUUAUGUUAAGUCGCUCUGCCAGAAACAUUCACACGAACCCAACCGCAGACCGGUGACGUUUGUGGAUUAAUUAGAGUAUGAAAUAAAAUUUAUCAUUUAAAAAAAAAAAA